CAGGCCCAAGUGGCCAACCCUCUUCCUCUACCCCCUGGAUCUGAAGCUGCAAUUGAAACUGCCUCUGCCCCUCUUACUGUACCUUCGUCCUCGAAUGUGUUGGCAACCCCCUCGGGACCUGCAACAGGUGCAAGAUUCCGCUGUUGCUGUGACAAGCAACGAGGCUGGAACUUUUGCAACUGCUGCAGCCCCAAGAUUGGAACCAGCAGGUGCUGGUCCCGGCUACGCCGGUCCCUAUGUGGAUCGUAAGGCGGUUCAAAUACCGUCUAAGUACGAUGGCAAGGAAGACAUCGAAUCUUGGUUCAGCUCCAUGAGGGCAUAUUUCAAGAUUCUGGGGACUCAACCUGAGAAUCAGUCAGUGAUCAUGGGAAUGAAUGUCGAGCCAGUCGUUCGGGGCUUCUUAGAGGUCCAAGCUACGCGAGUUGGGAUUCCUAAAAUCCAACUAACAAGAUGUCUUAAGGCCACCUCGGUUGCCUCCCUCGAGGAACUCCUCAUUUCACAAUACCUGGAUCCACAUGUUGCGGCAAGGGCGAGAAUUCAGCUUGACAAAAUCAAGCGCAGCAAGUGGACGGGCCCCUUGAAAAGUCUGCAGACCUAUCUUAGCAAGAUGUUCGCCACACCUGGAUUGGAACUAACUGCUCAAUCUUGCUUCGAUGUGGUCAAAGGCGCGGUUCCCACUAGCUUCACUAAUCGCCUGGGCAGGGACUUCAUUGGUUACACUGACUGGUUCACCUUGAUGAAGGACAUAGUCAGUCUUGAGGUUGUAGACCUCGUCACCACAGCAGGCAGCAAAAAGCCCAUGGGCGGCAGACGGUUCAAAGGCAGCAACCGUUUUGCUGUGCAUGACCUGCUGGAGGCCGAAGAAGAAGCCAAUGCAGAUGACCCCACUCUUGGUGACGACCAAGAACAGGACUCUGAUACUUAUUCGGUCGUCUCUAUACGCGACCUGCGACCGGAUCUAGGCGAUCCCUUUGCUGAUCCCCCACUCCCACUGGACCCACCAGACAUCCAAAACCUCCUCGAUCGGUUUCCAGAAGUCUUGGUCGAGCCACGUGGAGUCCCCGCGCGAUCGGUCCGACACACCAUCGAGUUGGUUGAAGGUGUUGUUCCUCCAAAGGGCUGCGUGUACCGAAUGGGACCCGGCGAGUUGGAGGAACUCCGGGGACAGAUUGAUGAGAUGAUUGACAAGGGGUGGAUCAAACCUUGUGAAUCUGAAUUUGGUGCUCCUGUGUUGUUUGUUCCAAAGAAAGGAGGUAAACUUCGCAUGUGUAUUGACUAUCGCGGUCUAAACCGCAUCACAAGAAAGAAUGUCUAUCCAUUGCCUCGUAUAGAUGAUUUGCUUGACGCCGCUGGUGGGUGCAAGGUCCUCUCCAAGAUCGAUCUCAAGUCUGGCUACCACCAGAUUGAAGUCGAUCCUGCGGACCAGCACAAGACUGCGUUCAAAACACGCGAUGGGCUUUACGAGUUCACCGUAAUGCCCUUCGGUCUCACGAACACACUGGCCACCUUCCAAAGCCUCAUGGUCAAAGUCCUCCGCGAACAGAUUGGCCGGUUCGUGGUGGUCUACCUCAAUGACAUUCUGAUCUUCAGCAAGUCCAUGGAGGAACACCUCAAGCACCUUGAGGAAGUCAUGACCAUCCUCAAGAAAACGCAACUCCAUCUCAACUUAGAGAAAUCUAAGUUCGGGGAGGAUAGCGUCAUCUAUCUUGGUCAUCGGUUGUCUGCUACAGGCCUGGAGCCUGAGGCAACCAAGGUUGAGGUCAUACGCGAUUGGCCUCAACCGGCGAACAUUCACGAACUGCGUUCUGUUCUUGGUCUUGCAUCAUACUAUCGGAAGUUUGUACCCCGUUUCUCCAUUGUUGCGCGUCCAUUGUCUCGACUAACAAGUAAGAAUGUUCCCUACUCUUGGGACACCGCGUGCACGACCGCCUUUCAAGCCUUGAAGGACGCCUGGGUAAGUUACCCGGUACUCCGUAUUGCAAAUCCCAAACUGACAUUCGUAGUUACUACGGAUGCAAGUCAGUAUGGAAUUGUUGCAGUAUUGCAACAAGAUGACGGCGAUGGCUUGCGGCCACUCGAGUACUACAGCAAACGCAUGCCCAGCGUAAAGGUAGCCACUUCCACCGACAUGCGCGAGCUCUAUGCUUUGCGUAUGGUGUUGGAUCACUGGAAAUACUAUCUUUUGGGAUGCCACUUCAAAGUCUUCUCAGGUCAUGAGACCUUGAAGUGGAUCAAACAACAAACUACCGUGUCCCCUACCUUGCUUCGCUGGUUCCAUGAGAUUGACAUCUUUGAUUUUGAAUUAAGACACAAAAAGGGUUGUUAUAAUCGGGUCGCUGACGCAUUGUCUCGCCACCCCGAGUACAUGACUUGCCUUGUCAAAUCCUACGACCUCCGGGAAAAACUUAAGGAGGAGCUCGUAGAGCAGACAACCAAGGAUCCGGAACUUAGUUCCAUCCUUGAGCGGCUGCGGGCUGAUCCUAGUAGUCAUUCUGAUUUUCAGGAUUAUGGGGGACUGAUUUUUCAUCGCUACAGGACCCACGACUGUUUGUGUGUGCCCAACCAUGAGCCUCUCCGCACGCACUUUUUGGAUGUGGCUCAUGGCCGCAGCGGACACUUCGGCAUGGCAAAAACGUACGCAAAUUUGCUGAGAUGGUUUGAUUGGCCUGGCAUGAAAGGGACUGCUGAGAAGUUUGUGGCUGAAUGUCAAGUCUGUCAACGAAUCAAACCAUGCAGACAAAAGUCGAUGGGGCUACUCACACCCCUACCCAUUCCCGAUGGUCCCGAGGAGUCCGUCUCCAUUGACUUCACGGACAUGGGAAAGGUAAGUAAGAAUGGCUACUCACAAGUCAUGGUGAUUGUUGACCAAUUCUCUAAGUUCCUCAAUCUGAUCCCUUUGCCGCCUCAUGCCCCAACAGAACUAGUGGUUCGUGAAUUCCGACAGAAGUACAUUUUGCAGUUCGGAACCCCGAAGACUCUUGUGAGCGAUCGGGAUCCGCGCUUCAUUAGUACUGAAUGGAAGGACUUUACGUCUCAACUGGGGAUCAAACUGUGUAUGACAUCUGGCCGACACCCCGAAGCCAACGGUUUGGCUGAAGAGAUCAACCAAACUGUGUUUCAACUUCUUCGCGCUUUGAUUAUCCCGGAUCAGAAAACAUGGGAUGAAGAGCUGUAUUCCGUUAAGGGGUUAUACAACAACUCCAUCCACUCCGCCACCGGCAUGACACCCAACAGGCUGCAUUAAGGUUGGCAGAUCCGGAAUCCGCUCUCUUACCUAUUCCCUGAGCAGCCAGCUGGUUCAACACCCGGCAGGCCUGGCUUCAGGGCCAAAUAUGAUCGCUUGCUCAAAGUUGCCAUUGCAGCUAUGACCAAGCGAUAGCACGCCAUGAUCCAUCAUGCAAACAAGAAGCGCCGACCAUCGGAUAUUGAGGUAGGAAGCUAUGUCUGGGUCAAGAUGUUUGAAUUAUCAGAAGAAGAGGGAGUCUCACGCAAACUCCUCCCUCUCUAUUAUGGGCUCUGGGAAGU